UGAUUUUUGGGUUUUCAUUCCAUCAACAUCACCUUUUCCUCAGACCAUGAACAGCCCAUAAUCUCGUUCUAAGCGGCCCUUUCUCGCUCCUCUUUUCCAUUCUUUCCGUACAAAGGCGCUUGUCGCCAAUUUUCUCAUCUUGUCCGAUCCUUGCACGGUUACCGGGUGGGUGGGGAGUUUUUGUGUCUCUACUCGUGGGCUUUCGCUUGGCCCUCCCAUCAGCAUCCCUCCUGAUCGCGUGGUCUAUGAUCGUAUUGCACCAAAAAUCCGCCUUAUUUCCAGUUUGAGAUCUGGAUAUCCUGUUUAGGACUUCCAUAUCUGCUUCUCGGUACUGAUUGGAGCCGCAUCAGCCCAACUCGCGAUCUCAGGGCUUCAUCGGCAUCGGUAUCGCAUUCGUCUUUCCCCCACCACCAUCACGUCGGGCCCUCAUGGGUAUUGAACAAGACCCUUACGGACCCUGAAGACCUUGGUGCGGAAUCCUCCAUCACUAGUCGACGAUCGACUCGACCUGCGCAUCGGCCUCCAGGAAUCAAAAGGGGCAUCUUGUCAUCAAUCGGAAAGCAAUUCCUCUCAAAACCUCAUCAUUGUCACUGCAACCUACCUAACUCUGAAUCCAAGAACACGAAAAUUUAUCCUGUGGCUGGUGAUAUUGCCAAGACCGAUAUACAACACUAUACUACAUACACCCCUUCCAACACUGGCUCUUGUUACCCAUCACCAAUCAUCACCGGAUGCUCGAAUGACACAAGGCCUAGACCUCUUUGCCACCCCAGAAGCGUUGUCUCCACAUGAAAAACAGGUCAACCUCGAUACCCAUCCCCCCGGACCUCAUCGAACGGUUUGUACGGCAGAUCCCCCAGGUUGACGACCGGAACGUACCGCGGCUAUCGAUAUCCUACCAUCGAUGAGUCAAUUUGCACGCUUGAAUGACAGAUCUUGCGCCCCAUCUCGAGCGCUUAGGCCUUGAGCAAUACCUUGAUAUAUUCUUGAGCGAGGGUUUCGACACUUGGGAUACCUUGACCGAUAUUCAAGAGAGCGAUUUCGACGCUCUUAAUGUCAAGCUAGGUCAUCGAAGGAAACUCCAACGGGCUAUCGCGGAUUACCGAGGCAUCCCGUACGAACGCGUCGUUGGAUCUCCGGCUCAAGAAGCACCCCCGGAAACGGGCAAGCCACUUGAAAGCAGUGUAACCCCAACUGCUUCGACCGAACGAGGCCAAGGACAGGCUCCUGAGGCCAAGAGGAAGUAUAGGCGUCACCCCAAGCCUGACGAAAACGCACCCGAGCGCCCUCCUUCAGCAUAUGUGAUCUUCUCCAACAGGGUGCGGGAGGAGGUAAAGGACCAAAAUUUGUCCUUUACUCAGAUCGCCAAACUCGUUGGCGACAAAUGGCAGAAGUUGGACCCCGCCAGUAAAGAGCCAUUUGAGGCACAGGCCAACGCGGCAAAAGAGAGGUAUAACAUACAGUUGUCGACAUACCGCAAGACCGACGCAUACAAGGAGUAUAUGCAGUACUUGGCGGACUUCAAGAGCAAGCAUGGACCUGCGUCGGAACCCAAAAGACCGAAACUCGAAGCCGAAUCUAGUGGCAGUAUCAUAUCGACGAAAUCGUUGGAGCUGAAUUCAGAAGCGACACAACCGCCGUCAGGUCAUGCUCGUGGCGGUUCCGUCGGAUCGGUUACUUCGUCUUUCACAGGCGGCCCUAUACCACCGAACCCCUCCGCGCCGUCGAUGCCAUCACGCCCACCUCUGCCUUCCUCUCGCAGCGGGUCACCUCCUAUUCCUGCCGGGCGAGACUACUUCCGUCCUGGGCUCCUGUCCAGUCAUAGCUCUGUCUCGGACGAAUCGUCGACGGUACGAAGUGACAUACCGGAACCUUUGUUGCGGACUGCAACUCUUUCAUUGGGCACAAGUUCCUUAGCACAACCGCCAUCGUUGGGACAAAGCACAGCUGCUUCACCAUCGGAUACCCUCCCGUCUCCUGACCACCUCGCACGUUCGAGGAUAGCGUACUUUAUUCAACAACAACAGCAACAGCAGCAACAACAACAACAGCAGCAGCAGCAGCCGCCUCAACAGCAUCCUGCUGCGACACCGCCUUUCGGUCCUCAAGGUAGUAUGAGCGCACCAGCGCAUUUAUCGCCGACCAUGCAGGAGAUCUCCUGGAGAAACCGCUCCUCAGAUCCUCGAACGGCAUACCAGGAGAUGCCCAGGGCACUACACGCCUCUUUGCCAUACAGCCCUGCGACGCAACAAUACCAGCCUUCCCAACGACUACCAAAGAUGCCAUCUGAUAGACCUCCAGAUUUUGCUCAAGGAGCGAACCUGCGAACAUUACCACUACCCCUUCCGUCGUCCGGUAGCAACUUAUCCUUCCCACAUGUGGGGUCACCACCAGUGAGUGAGGAGUCGUCACAUUUCCGACGACCAGCUCGAGAAGAGGGCCGCCCAGCGUUAGAUCGGUCAGAAAGCGAUGCGGCCAAUGCACUAGCUGGUCUAGCAGCAGGAGUUCCUCGUUCCGACACGGCAAAACCCAUCCAAUAUCCUCCGCCCAAUUCUGCACCAUAACACGAGGCGCAUUCAGCGACGGGACUGCUUUCCCAAUGACGAUAUGAAGAGAAACAAAAAUGGCGUAAAUGUCUUUCGAUUGUGGCUUAUUGUAUAGCGCCGGAUUCUUCAUUAGCAUUUAUACUUCUGCAGCGAGAUGUGAAUGGAGAUCAGAACUUGGAAAUCAAACGUCUUCCUACCUUCGCCCUCUGUGUCAUGUCGGAACGUGACUGGUGACCCUCGUCUGUGCGACAAGUGCUCUGUCCUGCUGUAGGAGAACAUGCCUGAUCGUCGUCCUGACAGAACCAAGGUAA